AUCAACGCAAAGGCACACGACGACAUCACAGUACUGCAUGAAGCAGUCCGCAACAAUCACGUGGACUGCGUCAAACUUCUCCUUGAACAUGGUGCAGACAUGUUUGCGACGACAACUGGCGGCAAGAAUAUCUUUCAUCUGAUGGCUGAAAACUCAGCGCUGCUUGCUGCAAUGACGGCAGUUCCCGAUGCUGCUGCUACUGUCAACGAGCAAGACAUGGAUGGAUGGACGGCCUUGUUUCACGCAGCUGCUACUCCACUGAAGGAGGAGACUCGCGGUAGGAUCUUGACGCUCCUCCAUGAAGCCGGAGCGGACUGGUCCCAUCGGUCUCUGAGCGGUCAGACGGUGCUGCAUGUUGCUGCAGCUCACGGGAGAGAGCGAGUGGUGGAGGAGUACCUGCUGAGAAGACGCGUCAACGCCCUGCUGGACUGCGACGAGGAUGAUUCCCUUGCUCUUGACGCUUGCGAUCAGUCCGGCAGCACAGCUCUGAUGCUCGCGUGUCAAAUUCCUCCUGUGCCGUUGAGAGUCAUCCAAGUCAUGGUGGCGAACAAGGCCGAUGUCAAUGCUGGUAACCAUGUCGGACAGACUCCUCUGCUGAUGGCCAGCAGGGCUGGAAAGGAAGACGUCCUCUUGCUGCUGCAUACAGCAGGCGCUCAGGUCAACAGCCUGUGCGACUGGGGCUCAUCGGCUCUAUGGUGGAGUCGCCAGCGG